UAUCAAAGAACAACAGGGUAGUAAACAAAUAAUCUUGUCACAUAUACCCAACCGUCAUGUAAUGGUUUUGCUCAGCAGAGUGUGAUUUUGUAAACGGCAGGGGCAAACGGUACGAGAAGCAAUCUCAUUCGAUCCUUGGGAAUUCGAAUAUACUCCACGUCUAUUCCCUUUGCUAACUUUUGCUCUUUGUGCAAUUAUGGGAUUUGCAUUAGCUGUAAUGGCAUCAUGGCAACUCUUGAUAAUAGGAUGGGGAGAAACGAGUGUAGAAAAUAGCGAUAACACACAUUAUCGAGAAGUAAGCAAGAGAAAAGGAUUAUCAUUCAGCAACGUUUACGAUCUCGGAUUCAUGCAUAAUCUUGCUCUUUAUUUCAAUCUUGGACCAUUCUCACAUCAUUCAAUUUUCUCAAUAUUUGCACCUUGGCGUAUAGAACCAUAUUCAGACGGUUGGUAUUUUGCUAAAAAGAUGGGAAUGUCUGGACGUCAUGAAGGAGUGAAUCCAGAAGAAGAAUUAACGGACGAUGAAGUGGAAAGAGAUGAUGCACAUCCUCUGGCAAAGUGAUUUCCUUAUUUGCAUUGUAUUUCAUAGUUACCUUUUUUUAUUGUAUCACUCACUUAUA